AUGUCUGGUGUAGCGGAUUUCAAUAAUCCCUUAAGAAAAUUUAAGCUUGUAUUUCUUGGUGAACAAAGUGUUGGGAAGACGUCAUUGAUCACCAGAUUUAUGUAUGAAACAUUUGACAGCGUGUAUCAGGCCACAAUUGGCAUAGACUUCCUUUCUAAGACAAUGUAUCUUGAGGACAGAACGAUUCGUUUACAAUUAUGGGAUACUGCCGGACAGGAACGGUUUCGGAGUCUUAUUCCCAGUUACAUUCGCGAUUCCUCUGUAGCCGUCGUUGUAUAUGACAUCUGUGUUAAGGAGUCUUUUUCCCAGACUACGAAAUGGAUAGAUGACGUUCGCAACGAACGUGGGAGUGAUGUCAUCAUCAUGCUUGUUGGCAAUAAAACUGACUUGGCGGACAAAAGAAAAGUUUCUACUGAGGAGGGUGAAAGGAUGGCAAAGGAGCUUAACGUCAUGUUCAUUGAGACCAGUGCCAAAGCCGGCUAUAAUGUCAAAAAUGUGCGUUGA